GGCAUUAUCGAUAUUUAGGCAAAUGUCAUGGCCGUCCGCUCAUAAUAUAUCUGCAAUGCCGCUCCAUUGUCGAAUCAAAUCUUUAAGAAUUAAUAGUUUUUCUUCUUUUUUUUUUUCAUUACAUUCCCUAUUUGUAACUUCUAUUUACUCAUUUCUCGAACCCUGUUAAAAAUUAAAAUUUUUAUAUUCAUUUUAUUGAUUUGACCCUGACAAUUCUGAUAUAUAAAUUGCAACAGAGAACGUAGUUAGUUAAGCAUUCUUCUCUGUAAAUAAGAUUCCUCUGCAAAUCAUCUGAAUAGCCCAGAAAUUUUCUUUGUAGUUUAUUUUUUUUGUUUCUUGUGGGGAGAGAUUCCCCUGCAAAUCAAAGUAGAAAGCUUCUGACAUUUUCAUUUUAUUAUUUUUUGGUUUUUUUUUCUUUUGGGAGAUAAAUUCAGCAAGAAUUCACAGGAUUCACAUAGAAUUCUCUGCAAUUCAUAAAAGAAAACGCGGACUUCUUAUUUUUCUUCAGUUUGUUUAUUGGUUUUUAUAUUUUGGGGAGAUAGAAAUUAUUGAAGCAAUAUCAGAAAACUAACAUUUCCCUGCUGAUCAUAAUAGAAAUGAUCCACUGCUGAUCAUAAAAGAAACCCUUCAACUCUUUUUUUAAAAAAAAAAAUUAUCAACAGUGAUCAUAAUAUUUAUCAGUUUCAAGAACCACUUUUUUUUUCUUUUUUUGGUAGUUUUGUUUGGUUUUUUAAUUUUGGGGAGAUGAAGUUUUGCAAGAAAUAUCAAGAAUACAUGGAAGGGCAGGAGAAGCAGCUGCCUAGAGUGGGUUUUAAGAAAUUGAAGAAGGUUUUGAAGAAAUGCAGAAAAAAGGAAAUGCUCAAAGAUGGAUUUGAACACUCAACCUCAGCUUGCCCUGAUUCAUGCUCAGUGUGUGAUGCCACUUUCUUCCCUUCUCUCAUCGAGGAGAUGUCUGCAAUAGUCUGCUGCUUCAAUGCCCGUGCCAAAAAGUUACUUGAGUUGCACUUAACUUCAGGUGUCCAGAAGUAUAUCAUAUGGUUUAGGAGCAAGCUCCAAGGUAAUCAUGUGGCUCUGGUUCAAGAAGGAAAAGAGUUGGUUACCUAUGCCACCAUCAAUGCAGUUGCCAUUAGAAAAAUCCUCAAAAAAUAUGAUAAGAUUCAUUAUUCAAAGCAAGGGCAGGCCUUUCAAUCACAAGCGCAAGCAAUGCAUAUAGCCAUUCUUCAGUCUCCCUGGCUUAAUGAGCUUAUUGCUUUCCACAUUAAUUUGGGGGACACCUACAAUAGAGAGACUGGUAUUCCGAGAAGUGUGUUUGACAAUUGCUUGCUCCAAGUUGAUGGGGAUAAACCAUCUCUGUCAUGCGUGCUUUUUUAUUCAAUCAAGAUUGAAAUCGAUCUAACUUGUUCUAUAUGCUUGGAGACUGUUUUUGACCCUGUGUCCCUUAAAUGUGGCCACAUCUUCUGUUACAUGUGUGCCUGUUCAGCCGCAUCAGUGAACGUCGUUGAUGGCCUAAAGACUGCCAGGAAGAAAUCAAGGUGCCCUCUCUGUAGGCAGGUAUGA